CCGGCCACUAUCAAUCGAUCAGAGAGCGGAAGAUGGGGGUAAAUCGAGUCUGUGGGGCUAGAUCGAUCACCGAAAAACUCGAUUGAAGGAAUUCAACGGAUUGUGUUAAAAUAGUACAAAACAACACCAUAACAAGCGUUUGGAGCAGGGAAUUCAGCGAUCAUCAAGAGGUAUUUUGAAUGAUGGACUUUCCCUGGCACAGUGGCAAGGUUUUGGAACAGCUCAACCACCAGCGCCAGCUGGGACUGCUGUGUGACUGUACCUUCGUGGUGGACGGGGUGGACUUCAAGGCCCACAAGGCCGUGCUCGCUGCCUGCAGCGCCUACUUCCACACCCUCUUUCUGGACCAGAAGGAUGUGGUGCACCUGGACAUCAGCAAUGCAGCAGGUCUGGGCCAAGUCCUUGAGUUCAUGUACACGGCCAAGCUGAGUCUGAGUUCUCAGAAUUUGGAAGAUGUGGUGGCAGUGGCCACGUUCCUUCAGAUGCAGGAGAUAGUCAAUGCCUGCUCUGCUUACCAGUCGCUGGCUUUCUCCACAACAUCCCAGUCAAUACAAGACUUAAAUGACAACAAGAUUGAGGAAGGAGAGCAGAACAUAGAGAAGGAUCCAUCAGAGACAUGGUCACAUGACGAGGAGAUGCUAAAAACAGCAGAUGACGGAGGGUCAAAGGGCGUUCAGGAGGACCCGAACGAGACCACCCCAGACGAUGGACAGAUCAACAGUAAGACCCCCGACAAACCCAACCAACAGACCCCGGGGAGAGGAAGACCCUCCAAAGCCUCCAACUACGCCGCACCAAGAAAAGCCACAGCAGAGAGAGAGGAGAUGGAGAGCCCUACUAAAGAUGUGCCUGAGUGUCAAGAUGACAACUCGGAUGUGGACUACACUCCCAAGUUUCCAUUCAAGUCUGAAGCCGGUAUAUCUUACAUGAGUACCAGGAGAAGAAGGACAAGGAGAGCUCCUCAUCGCAACCACUCUCAGGAUAAUGACUCCGAUGAGGGGAACAGCGCAUCAAAGACGGUAAAUGAAGAAAAAGAGGUUGAAGAGGGUGAGAUGGAGGAGGAUGAAGAAGAGGGAGAUGGUGAGGAGGAUGAAGAAGAGGAGGAGGAUGAGGGAGAAGAUGGCCAGGGGACGGAGAGCGGAGAGGAGAGGACGCAGCUACAGUCGGGUGCCGUCACCGACCGCACCGAGUCACGGUCCUACGGCUCUGUGACACACAAGUGUGAGGACUGUGGAAAGAAGUUCACCCACACGGGUAACUUCAAAAGACACAUCCGCAUUCACACAGGAGAGAAACCUUUCAGCUGCCGUGACUGCCACAAGGCCUUCUCAGAUCCGGCUGCCUGCAAGGCUCACGAGAAAACACACAGCCCCCUGAAACCCUACUGCUGCUCCUCGUGUGGGAAGAGCUAUCGGCAGAUCAGCCUGCUCAACCUGCACCGGAAAAGGCACACAGGCAAGGCCCGAUACAGCUGCAAGGACUGUGGCAAGCUCUUCACCACGUCUGGCAACCUGAAGCGCCACAUUCUGGUGCACAGCGGCGAGAAGCCGUAUCACUGCAACUACUGCGACCGGGCCUUCUCCGACCCCACCGCUAAGAUGCGCCACCUGGAGACCCACGACGCAGACAAGGGCUACAGCUGUCCACACUGCGAUAAGCGGUUCAACCAGACUGGGAAUCUAAAGGCUCACCUGAAGAUCCACAUCACAGACGGCCCUCUGAAGUGCAAAGAGUGUGGCAAACAGUUCACCACUUCCGGGAACCUGAAGAGACACCUGCGCGUGCACAGUGGGGAGAAGCCCUAUAUCUGUAUGCACUGCCAGAGAGCUUUCGCUGACCCAGGGGCACUGCAGAGACAUGAGCGCAUACACACAGGGGAGAAGCCGUGUCUGUGCCGGAUCUGUGGGAAAGGGUUCACCCAGGCCAGUUCACUCAUUGCUCAUGUCCGCCAGCACACCGGAGAGAAGCCCUAUGUCUGCGACCGCUGUGGCAAAAGGUUUGUCCAGUCCAGUCAGCUGGCCAAUCACAUCCGUCACCAUGAUAACAUCCGGCCACACAAGUGUCACAACUGCAAAAAGGCGUUUGUCAACGUCGGGGACCUCUCCAAGCAUAUCAUCAUUCACACAGGAGAGAAGCCCUUCCUGUGUGACAAGUGCGGUCGCGGGUUCAAUCGUGUCGACAAUCUACGCUCCCACGUCAAGACCGUCCACCAGGGUAAGGCUGGGAUGAAGCGCCUGAUGGACGAAAAUGAGAUCAACAUAGUCACUGUCACCACCGAGGACAUCAUCAACCUGGCAACGAAGGCCCUGGCUGGCAGCACUGUGUCCCAGCUGACAGUGGUGCCUGUGGCUACAUCAGUGUCAGCAGAUGAGACGGAGGCUCUGAAAGCUGAGAUUGCGAAGGCUGUGGAGAAGGUGCAGGAAGCAGACCCCAACACUCAGAUCCUGUUUGCAUGCGACUCUUGCGGUGAGAAGUUCCUGGACGCCAGCUCACUGGCCCAACAUGUGCGAAUCCACACCGCCCAGGCCCUGGUCAUGUUCCAAGCUGACUCUGACUUCUACCAUCAGUACACCGCAGCUGCCACCACCGUGGGGGAAGAUGUUACCACAACCUGGCAACCCACUUCCGAGCAGGUUAUCCAGGGAGGGGAGCUCGUCUUCCACACCCGAGAGGUUGAGGCGGAAGGGGAUGAGGUGACUCAGGAGGAGGGAGGAGAGGUGGUGGCCCAAGCUGACCCCCAGCCAGAGGAGGAAGAUGAGGCUGUGACAGAAGAAGGACAAGGAGAAGAGAUGGAGUGUGGAAUGUGCAGUGAUGUGGCACUCAAGAAUAAGAAUAAAAUGCAAAGCAGUCAAGUUCUUACUGGGGUCUGACAAUGCCUCAUACGAAGCUGCCACUCUCUGGGUCUCUCUGAGUCUCUGCAUCAGUGACAUGAACAUCUGUGUCCAAAGUUUGGGAAGAAACCGUUUGGCUUGUUUUUUGGACAAUGUAUAAAGUUAAAUUAUAUAUAUAUAUAAAAAAAGAAGCAAAACACAUUGCUAUAGGCCUAUCUCUGUGUUUUACCAUUACCUUGAAAAUAAAUGUGUUUAGAGUUAAA